AAUCACAGAGGUCGCGCUUGUCGACUGUAUCAAAGAAAAAGACCCUUAAAAGGAAUUUUAAUACAAAAAUAAUAACAAUGUUGCAAUUAAUUUGUAAAAACAGAUACAUCAUCUCGAGAUUCUCCUCUACAACCUCGUUUUUAAAUUCUGAAGUCGCAAAUGUUGCUGAUCAAAGAUUACAAGCGACUAAAGAUAUUCCUGCAUUUAAACGACCUCUACUCAUUCCGAAUAGUCAGAAUGUCACAGCAUUUAAAGACAGAAACGGUGACUUCUCGUACUACGAUCUAAUGGCUGGAUCAAACACGCUUUCAUCACAAAUUUUGCACUAUUGUGGAAAGGGAAGCAACUCAAGAAUUACUUAUCUUUGUCCCAAUGAUAUCACAAAUCCAAUGGCACUACUAGCAGCAUGGAUGUCUGGAAAUGUCGCGGUGCCAUUAAGUGCAGCACAUCCAGCAGAAGUUCUGGAAUAUUAUAUCAACGACUCUCAGUCAAAUCUCAUUAUUACUACACCUGAAUAUGAAGCAAAAUUGAAGCCAAUUGCAGAAAAAUUAAAAAAACCUUUGCUUGCAUUUGAACAUCAAAAUUUCAUAAAUGAAGAAACAAAAAAUGUCGAUGAAAAUUCGCUCGUUCUAAAUUCGUUGGAUAAAAAAUUCUACGAAAACUCACCAGCAUUUAUUGUGUACACAAGUGGAACAACAAGCAAGCCAAAAGGUGUCGUAAUUUCUCAUUCGAUUCUUGAAGCUCAAAUCGAGUCUUUACAAAAUGCUUGGAGAUUCGGAAGCCACGACACUUUCCUUCAUUCACUUCCACUUCAUCAUGUUCAUGGCUUAGUCAAUGCUAUGCUGUUGCCAUUAUUUUCAGGAGGGAAAAUAGUGAUGCUUCAUAAAUUUGAAACCGAAAGAGUGUGGAAAUAUUUGUUAAACAUCAAUAAGUUAGCAAAGGAUAAAAUUACAGUUUUCAUGGGCGUCCCAACAAUUUAUAGCUACCUCAUUGAUGAAUAUGAAAAGCUUUUCAGUAAAGAUGAAAAUAUGAAAGAGUUCAUUAAGAAACAUUGUCAGAAUAAAGUGCGCACAUUUAUAUCUGGUUCUGCUCCACUUCCAACGACAGUUUUUCAAAAAUGGAAGGAAAUUACUGGUCACAACCUUCUUGAGCGUUAUGGAAUGACUGAAGUUGGAAUGGCAUUGAGUAAUCCACUGCAACAAGAUGAUGUAAGAAAGAGAAUUCCAGGAUUUGUUGGACAACCACUGCCUCAUGUUCAAGUUCGUUUAACAAAUCCUGACAACAAUAAAGAAGUUUUGGUUGAAGCUCACGGUUUAUUAGACGAAGGUUUGUGGAGUCCCGAAGAAAAUUCUGGCACAUCAAAUCGAUCGAUUGUUAAAAUCAAACCAGAAGCUUCCAAUGAUCUGGAAAUUGUUGGAGGCUUGCAAAUCAAAGGAAAAACUGUGUUUAAAGAAUAUUGGAAUAAACCGGAGGAAACCAAGAAGGAAUUCACACAAGAUGGUUGGUUUGUCACUGGCGACAUGGCAUGUUAUGAUCAAACGUUGAACAGCUUUAAGAUUCUUGGGCGAGAUUCAUGUGACAUCAUAAAAUCGAAAGGAUAUCGAAUUUCAGCACUUGAAAUGGAAACAAAAUUGUUGGAACAUAAAAAUAUUGAAGAUUGUGCUGUGAUUGGGAUUCCCGAUAAGGUUUAUGGACAAAGUUUAGUCGCUUUGAUUAAAUGUCGCAAUCCAGAAAUUCCAAAUGCGGCUCAAGAAUUAGAGAAAUGGUGUGUUGAUAAAUUUGCUACUUACAGCAUUCCAACAAUUAAAAUUCUUGAGAAUAUCCCUCGAAAUCAAAUGGGAAAAGUAAACAAAGCAGAUUUGGUCAAAAAUUACUCUACAACUACAUCAAGUCAAUAACAACAUUUAUCAUUUAAAGUGUUCAAUUUUUAAUUUAUAAAGAUUUCAUUACAAUGUGAAAAAAUAAAAGAAAGUUAUAUCAUUCA